AUGCAGGAAAACGAGUCUUUAAGAGAAUUCAUGAAACAGUUUGGUCAGGCUGUGAUACAAGUAGAGGCUUAUAGCAUGGAUGUUGUCCUUCAUAUCUUCAAACGAAGCGUAUGCCCAGGCACUCCAUUCUUUGAAUCACUCGCUAAGAAGCCUCCCACGACAAUGGAUGAUUUGUUCUGGCGCACAAGCAAAUACUCAUUGCUGGAAGAUGAUGUGAGUGCGGCCACCCAACAAAUUUUGGUUGCCGGACAGACAUCCAGAAGCGACGCGGAAAGAAGUUCCAAACUUCCAGACCGACCAAGGUCGUUUGGUCGAAGGCAGGAAGAGCAAAGUUGCCCAGAACUACCACCACUCACGCCCCUUUCCAUAUCAUAUGAGAAGCUCCUCCCUAUGAUCCAAGACCUGUCCGACUUCAGGUGGCCCGAACCCCUCAGAACAGACCCAGCCAAAAGAGAUCAUAGCAAGAAGUGUGCCUACCAUAAGGAGCAUGGUCACACUAUGGAGCGGUGCAGGAGUCUCCAUUAUUUAGUGGAAAGGCUCAUAAAAGCGGGACAUUUGGAGCAAUACCUCCGCUCAGAUGCCAGAGUUAGAGACGCUCCCCGAAAUAGCGACUCCGGGACCCCAGUCGCCCCCAAAGCCAUCAUCAACUAUAUUGACGGAGGAUCGCUGGAUGAGGAGUACAACUCCAAACGAAAGAGGCAGAAGUUGUUGCGGGCGGCAUCAGUAUGCGAAUGCGUCAAUACCAUCAGGCCCGGAGUAACUGACGGAAGCGCCCAACCAAUAGAUGGGAUAAUCAUUUUCCCUCCAGUAGAUCCCACACGAAUAUUACAACCGCACCAUGACGCCCUCAUCCUAUCCCUGGGAAUGGGAGACUUUGAUGUAAGACGAAUCCUAAUCGACCCAGGCAGUUCGACUGAUCUUUUGUAG